ACGUGUCCAAAUGUGUCGAUGCGAAAAUAUCUCGUUCAUGUUAAUGUUAUGAUAACGAGGAAUGGACUAUGAUGCUGUUCUGUUGGUGACGGUGUGAUUGAUUGAGACGAAAUCUGACAAUGAAGCCUGGAGCAUUGUUGUCAGUGCUUGCCUGCGCCUUCGCGGCGGUGAUCUGGGCAGCGAACGGCGACGACAACCUCGUCCCGCCUCGCCGGGAAGUGUACGGCAAUGGGCGAAUAUUCGACAUCAGUCAUCGGUACCAACCCGAGAUGCCGGAAUGGGAAUCGAAUGACGGCAUAGGGCAGUUCCUGUGGCUUCCCAAGAGCAUGAAGAACGGUUCCCUCGCCAACAACUCCGAAAUGAAGUUUCCCACCCACACCGGCACGCACGUCGAUGCCCCCGGUCACGUGUUCGACCACUACUUCCACGCCGGCUUCGAUGUCGACACGCUCGACUUGGACAUCCUCAACGGACCUGCUAUGUUGGUUGAUGUUCCAAGAGAUAGUAAUAUUACCGCUCAAGUUAUGAAGUCGUUGAAUAUUCCAAGGGGUGUAAUACGUGUUCUCUUCCGAACUUUAAAUACCGACCGGCGGCUGAUGUUUCAGAAGGAAUGGGACUCAAGCUAUGUGGGAUUCACAGCCGAUGGAGCCAAAUGGCUAGUGGAGAACACAGAUAUCAAACUUGUAGGAAUUGAUUACCUAUCUGUUGCUUCUUAUGAUUACUUGAUUCCAUCUCACCUUGUUUUUCUAAAAGACAGGGAGAUCAUUCUCGUGGAAGGCUUGAAGCUUGAUGAUGUUCCAGCAGGGUUAUAUUCAGUCCAUUGCUUACCUCUUAGGUUGGCUGGUGCUGAGGGAUCACCAAUACGGUGCAUUCUGAUUAAAAAUUAGGGUUGGAACGGAAUAAGUUGGCACAAUGGUGUGUCUUUAUGGAGCAAGAUAGUAUCAAUAAUGUUUGUUAACUUUAGUGGCUUACGUGCACGCUUAUAACCAUAUGCACAAGCACAUCAAUUUAAUAGGUCGUUUUGAAAAAGGGAAGAUCAUGUAUAUAGAUAAUUUGCAAAUAGCAGUUAGAUCAUAUUUUAAUUACUUAGAAAAAAGCAUUAACAGUUCUACCCAACAACCGCAUGUUUUGGUCUCAGUUUGUUAUUGACAAUGGCCGCUUAGGGCUCAAUUCUAGUUGACAGCAAAGGCUACUGUACAUUGACGACGAACACACAAUCUGUGUACAGUAGGAUAUCUACUCGAUUGAGCAAAUGUUGCUGUAAUUGGUGCAUGGCCACAUUAUGUUUACUAUGAUACCUAUUGUUGCAAGAUUCCGCUACUUCGGCUACCAAUGUGUAAUAUAAGAAUGUCUAACAAUAAAGGUUGAUCCCUCGAGUAUGGAUAAAUUUGAAAUGAAGAGUUAGAUAACAUUUUUACCAAAUUUUUGGGGAGAGGAGGGGUGUUUGAAAUAACAUUGUUAUGUUUUUAAUUGACUUGCUUUAUAAACAGAAGUUUCUAUUA